AGGGGAAGGAUGGCUUUGGAUGUGAUCUCCUGCUCAAUCCUCCGGGAAGUUCAGACCAGGAGGAGGAUGAGCAAGAAUCGGACAACUUCAUGUUUGAGUUCUCAGACAAGCCACUACUUCCCAGCUAUAACCUCCAAGUGUCAGUCUCCCGGGGGCCCUGCAACUGGUUCCUCUUCUCCGACGUUCUCAAGCGCCUGAAGCUCUCCUCCCGCAUCUUCCAGGCCCGCUUCCCCCACUUCGAGGUUGCCACGCUGCCCAAGGCCGAGUUCCAGCGCCAGGUCGCCCUCAGCCAGGUGCUGGCUCAGGCCGAGGUGCCCGAGAGCCCCGAGCUGGCGCCGGGCGCUGCAGAGACAGUGGAGCUGGUGCGCUACGAGGCCGAGCUGCUGCAGCUGCUGGGCUCCGCCGUGGAGUACGAGGCCUGGAGCAGCUGACGGGGACGGGGCCGUUCCCUGCGUCACGAGGCAAUAAUAAGGACCAAGGGGAAGCAGCCCUCCCAGCGCCAGCAGUGGG